CCGGUUUUAAUAAUUGGUAAUCUUUACACCACAGGUACGAGGCCACAUUAAAAAUAAGAGAAGAAGAGAAGCGAAAUGGCGGUUCUAUUUGUGUUUUUAUGUCAUUUGUCGAUUGACUUACGUUUUUAACGCGUUGUUUGAAGAAGAACAGUAUUAAACUUGUAUGGUGCUGUAAAGAAUAAUAAUAUUCAUAAUCGUAGAUGAGGAAGCGUAAAUAGAAGGUUAUAAUGUCUUUACCUCCUUAUUUAUUGGGGCCCAAUCCAUGGGCCACAAUGAUGGCCCAGCAACAUUUAGCGGCGGCUCAUGCUCAAGCUCAGGCUGCUGCUGCUCAAGCCCAUGCUCAUGCAUUGCAACAACAAAUGCCACCUCCUCACCCUAAAUCGGACAUUAUUACUGAAGACAAACUACAAGAAAAAGCCCAAAAAUGGCAUCAGUUACAGUCAAAAAGGUAUGCUGAUAAAAGAAAGCUGGGUUUUGUAGAGGCUCAGAAAGAAGACAUGCCUCCAGAACACAUUAGGAAGAUUAUAAGAGAUCAUGGUGAUAUGAGUAGUAGAAAAUACAGACAUGAUAAGAGAGUUUACUUAGGAGCUCUAAAAUAUAUGCCUCAUGCUGUUAUGAAGCUUCUAGAAAAUAUGCCUAUGCCAUGGGAGCAGAUCAGAGAUGUUAAAGCAUUAUAUCAUAUUACAGGAGCUAUUACUUUUGUAAACGAAAUCCCAUGGGUUAUUGAACCAGUGUAUAUUGCUCAGUGGGGUACAAUGUGGAUCAUGAUGAGGAGAGAAAAAAGAGAUAGAAGACAUUUCAAAAGAAUGCGUUUCCCACCAUUUGAUGAUGAGGAACCUCCACUUGAUUAUGCAGACAAUGUUUUAGAUGUUGAACCUUUAGAAGCAAUCCAAAUUGAACUAGAUGCAGAAGAAGAUUCUGCAAUUGCAAAAUGGUUUUAUGACCACAAACCAUUGGUUGGUUCAAAAUAUGUCAAUGGUCCAACUUAUAGAAAAUGGAAUUUGUCUUUACCCAUGAUGGCAACAUUAUACAGAUUGGCUAAUCAACUGUUAACAGAUCUUGUUGAUGAUAAUUAUUUCUACUUAUUUGACACAAAAAGUUUCUUUACAGCCAAAGCUCUAAACAUGGCAAUUCCAGGUGGACCUAAAUUUGAACCACUUAUUAAAGAUAUGAACCCUGCGGAUGAAGAUUGGAAUGAGUUUAAUGAUAUAAAUAAAAUUAUAAUCAGGCAGCCUAUAAGAACUGAAUACAGGAUAGCAUUUCCUUAUUUAUACAAUAACAUGCCACAUUUUGUACAUUUAUCUUGGUACCAUGCUCCGAAUGUAGUUUACAUUAAAACUGAGGAUCCAGAUUUGCCUGCAUUUUAUUUUGAUCCUCUAAUUAACCCAAUAUCUCAUAGACAUGCUGUAAAAAGUUUGGAACCUUUACCAGAAGAUGAUGAAGAAUAUAUUUUACCUGAAACUGUACAACCAUUUUUGCAGGAAACUCCUUUGUACACUGAUAACACUGCUAAUGGUAUAGCUUUGUUGUGGGCACCUAGACCAUUUAAUAUGAGAUCAGGUCGUUGCAGAAGAGCCAUUGAUGUACCUUUGGUAAAACCGUGGUAUAUGGAACAUUGCCCACCAGGACAACCUGUUAAAGUACGAGUCAGUUACCAAAAAUUGCUCAAAUAUUAUGUUCUAAAUGCUCUUAAACACAGACCUCCUAAGGCACAAAAGAAAAGAUAUCUUUUUAGAUCAUUCAAAUCAACUAAAUUCUUCCAAACCACUACUUUAGAUUGGGUUGAAGCUGGUUUACAAGUGUGUAGACAGGGCUACAACAUGUUGAAUUUACUUAUUCACAGAAAAAAUUUGAAUUAUCUACAUUUGGAUUAUAAUUUUAACUUAAAACCAGUAAAGACAUUAACCACAAAGGAAAGAAAGAAAUCACGGUUUGGAAAUGCUUUCCAUUUAUGCCGAGAAAUAUUGAGGCUAACAAAACUUAUAAUUGAUUCUCAUGUUCAAUACCGUUUAAACAAUGUGGAUGCUUUCCAAUUAGCUGAUGGUCUACAAUAUAUCUUUGCUCAUGUUGGUCAACUGACAGGAAUGUACAGAUACAAGUAUAAACUUAUGAGACAAAUCAGAAUGUGCAAAGAUUUAAAGCAUCUAAUAUAUUAUCGUUUUAAUACAGGACCUGUUGGUAAAGGGCCAGGUUGUGGCUUCUGGGCACCAGGUUGGAGGGUAUGGCUGUUUUUCAUGAGAGGAAUAACACCUCUUCUUGAAAGAUGGUUAGGUAACUUACUAUCCCGUCAAUUUGAAGGGCGUCAUUCAAAGGGUGUUGCUAAAACCGUUACGAAACAAAGAGUUGAAUCGCACUUCGAUCUUGAAUUGAGAGCAUCCGUAAUGCACGAUAUCGUUGAUAUGAUGCCUGAAGGUAUUAAACAGAACAAAGCCAGAACAAUUCUUCAACAUUUGUCAGAAGCCUGGAGGUGCUGGAAGGCCAACAUUCCUUGGAAAGUUCCUGGAUUGCCAAUACCAAUUGAAAACAUGAUUCUAAGAUAUGUAAAAAUGAAGGCUGAUUGGUGGACAAAUACUGCUCACUACAACAGGGAGAGAAUCCGUAGAGGCGCUACUGUUGACAAAACUGUUUGUAAGAAAAAUCUUGGCAGACUGACUAGAUUGUAUCUUAAAGCUGAACAAGAGCGCCAACAUAAUUACCUUAAAGAUGGACCAUAUAUUUCCCCAGAGGAAGCCGUUGCUAUUUAUACCACAACAGUUCAUUGGUUAGAAUCUAGAAGAUUUGCUCCUAUACCUUUUCCACCUCUCUCCUACAAACAUGACACUAAAUUACUAAUUUUGGCGUUGGAAAGGUUAAAAGAGGCAUAUAGUGUCAAAUCACGUUUGAAUCAAAGCCAAAGAGAAGAAUUGGGGUUGAUAGAACAAGCAUAUGAUAAUCCUCAUGAGGCGUUAUCUAGAAUAAAACGUCACUUGUUGACACAAAGAGCUUUUAAGGAAGUGGGAAUAGAAUUUAUGGAUCUCUACAGCCAUCUCAUUCCUGUAUAUGAUGUAGAACCAUUAGAAAAAAUCACCGAUGCUUAUUUAGAUCAGUAUCUAUGGUAUGAAGCAGAUAAGAGAAGACUUUUCCCUCCUUGGAUUAAACCUGCUGAUACAGAACCUCCACCAUUGCUUGUUUACAAAUGGUGUCAAGGUAUAAAUAACCUUCAAGAUGUAUGGGACGUGAAUGAAGGAGAAUGUAAUGUUUUAUUGGAAUCCAAAUUUGAAAAACUUUAUGAAAAAAUCGAUUUGACUUUGCUCAACAGACUGUUGAGAUUAAUAGUUGAUCACAACAUUGCUGAUUACAUGACUGCUAAAAAUAACGUAGUUAUUAAUUACAAAGACAUGAAUCAUACAAACAGUUACGGAAUUAUUAGAGGAUUACAGUUUGCCUCAUUUAUUACCCAAUAUUAUGGUUUGGUAUUGGAUUUAUUAGUCUUAGGUUUGCAGAGGGCCAGUGAAAUGGCAGGGCCUCCACAAAUGCCUAAUGACUUUUUGACUUUCCAAGAUGUUCAAUCUGAAACUUGUCACCCUAUUCGGCUGUACUGCAGAUACGUAGAUAGGAUUCACAUGUUUUUCAGAUUUUCUGCAGAAGAAGCCAAAGACUUGAUCCAGCGAUAUUUAACAGAACAUCCCGAUCCAAACAAUGAAAAUAUUGUUGGAUAUAAUAACAAGAAAUGUUGGCCAAGAGAUGCAAGAAUGCGCUUAAUGAAACAUGAUGUAAAUUUGGGAAGAGCAGUAUUUUGGGAUAUUAAAAAUAGAUUACCAAGAUCUGUUACAACUAUCCAAUGGGAAAAUAGUUUUGUUAGUGUAUAUUCUAAAGAUAAUCCAAAUCUACUCUUUAAUAUGUCUGGAUUUGAAUGUAGAAUUCUACCAAAGUGCCGCACUCAACAUGAAGAAUUUACCCACAGAGAUGGUGUAUGGAAUCUUCAGCACGAAGGCAGUAAAGAAAGAACUGCACAAUGUUUCUUACGAGUUGAUGAUGAGUCAAUGAGUCGAUUCCAUAACAGAGUCAGGCAAAUUCUUAUGGCUUCAGGUUCUACCACAUUUACAAAAAUUGUGAACAAAUGGAACACCGCCCUCAUAGGUCUGAUGACAUACUUCAGAGAAGCUGUAGUAAACACACAAGAACUUUUAGAUUUACUUGUUAAAUGUGAAAACAAAAUCCAAACACGAAUAAAAAUAGGUCUAAACUCUAAAAUGCCUAGCAGAUUCCCUCCCGUUGUGUUUUAUACUCCAAAAGAAUUGGGAGGCCUUGGUAUGUUGUCCAUGGGCCACGUUUUAAUUCCCCAAUCAGAUCUUAGAUGGUCAAAACAGACCGAUGUGGGUAUUACACAUUUCCGAUCUGGUAUUAGCCAUGAUGAAGAUCAGUUGAUUCCUAAUUUAUAUCGUUACAUACAACCUUGGGAAUCCGAGUUUAUAGAUUCACAAAGAGUUUGGGCUGAAUAUGCCCUCAAGAGGCAGGAGGCUAAUGCACAAAAUAGGAGGUUGACGUUGGAGGAUUUGGAAGAUUCCUGGGACAGAGGAAUUCCUAGAAUAAAUACACUCUUCCAGAAAGAUCGACACACUUUGGCUUAUGAUAAAGGGUGGAGAAUUAGGACUGAGUUUAAACAAUAUCAAGUACUAAAACAAAAUCCAUUCUGGUGGACACAUCAAAGGCACGAUGGUAAAUUAUGGAAUCUUAACAAUUAUAGGACAGACAUGAUACAAGCACUUGGUGGUGUUGAAGGUAUACUUGAACACACAUUAUUCAAAGGAACUUACUUCCCCACAUGGGAAGGUCUUUUCUGGGAAAAAGCUUCUGGUUUUGAAGAAUCCAUGAAAUACAAAAAAUUGACAAACGCUCAAAGAUCUGGUUUGAACCAAAUCCCCAAUCGUAGAUUCACCUUAUGGUGGUCACCUACUAUUAACAGAGCUAAUGUAUAUGUUGGUUUCCAAGUACAACUUGACUUGACUGGUAUUUUCAUGCACGGUAAAAUUCCUACCUUAAAAAUUUCGCUGAUUCAGAUUUUUAGAGCUCACUUGUGGCAAAAAGUUCAUGAGAGUAUUGUGAUGGAUUUGUGUCAGGUAUUUGAUCAAGAAUUAGAUGCUUUGGAAAUUGAAACUGUGCAGAAGGAAACUAUCCAUCCUAGAAAAUCAUACAAAAUGAACUCGUCUUGUGCUGAUAUUUUACUAUUUUCAGCUUAUAAAUGGAAUGUUUCUCGACCGUCACUUCUAGCAGAUACAAAGGAUACAAUGGACAACACGACUACUCAGAAAUAUUGGAUUGAUGUGCAGCUCAGAUGGGGAGAUUAUGAUUCACAUGACGUUGAAAGAUAUGCAAGGGCUAAAUUUUUGGAUUACACUACUGAUAAUAUGUCCAUUUAUCCUUCACCUACUGGAGUACUAAUAGCCAUAGAUUUAGCAUACAAUCUUCAUAGUGCUUAUGGUAACUGGUUCCCUGGUUGCAAACCUUUAAUCCAACAAGCAAUGGCAAAGAUAAUGAAAGCAAAUCCAGCUCUCUAUGUAUUGAGAGAACGUAUUCGUAAAGCCCUACAGUUAUACUCUAGUGAACCUACGGAACCUUAUUUAUCAUCUCAAAAUUACGGAGAACUCUUUUCAAAUCAAAUUAUUUGGUUCGUUGACGAUACAAAUGUAUACAGAGUCACAAUACAUAAAACAUUUGAAGGAAAUUUGACCACAAAACCUAUCAACGGGGCUAUAUUUAUAUUUAAUCCCAGGACAGGACAGCUGUUUUUGAAAAUUAUUCAUACUUCUGUAUGGGCAGGUCAAAAACGUUUAGGACAGUUAGCAAAAUGGAAGACUGCGGAAGAAGUUGCUGCUCUUAUUCGGUCUCUACCAGUUGAAGAACAACCGAAACAAAUUAUCGUUACAAGAAAGGGCAUGUUAGAUCCUUUGGAAGUCCAUUUACUCGACUUUCCCAACAUUGUUAUCAAGGGUUCAGAAUUACAGUUGCCCUUCCAGGCUUGUUUAAAAAUUGAAAAAUUUGGUGAUCUGAUUUUGAAAGCUACUGAACCUCAGAUGGUGUUGUUCAAUCUUUACGAUGAUUGGUUGAAAACGAUUUCUUCAUACACAGCUUUCUCCAGAUUAAUUUUAAUCCUAAGGGCAUUACAUGUAAAUACAGAGAGGACCAAAGUUAUUUUGAAACCCGACAAGACUACGAUAACGGAGCCUCAUCAUAUUUGGCCAACAUUAUCCGAUGAUGAAUGGAUUAAGGUUGAAGUACAAUUGAAAGAUUUAAUUCUUGCUGAUUACGGAAAGAAAAACAAUGUGAAUGUUGCAUCUUUAACUCAAUCUGAGAUUCGUGACAUCAUCCUUGGUAUGGAAAUCAGUGCCCCAUCUGCCCAAAGACAACAAAUCGCCGAAAUUGAAAAGCAGACCAAAGAACAAUCUCAAUUAACGGCCACUACUACGAGAACUGUAAACAAACACGGCGACGAAAUUAUUACAAGCACCACAAGUAAUUAUGAAACACAAACGUUCAGCUCGAAAACAGAAUGGAGGGUCAGAGCUAUUUCUGCAACUAAUUUGCAUCUCAGAACAAAUCAUAUUUACGUUAGUUCUGAUGACAUCAAGGAGACUGGUUAUACUUAUAUUUUGCCAAAGAAUGUCUUGAAGAAGUUUGUCACUAUUUCAGAUUUAAGAGCACAGAUUUGCGCAUUUUUAUACGGAGUUAGCCCUCCUGACAAUCCUCAAGUGAAGGAAUUGCGUUGCUUGGUUCUAGCACCACAAUGGGGAACUCAUCAAACAGUGCACAUCCCCAACACCCCACCCAAUCAUCCUUUCCUUAAAGACAUGGAACCUUUGGGAUGGAUUCACACUCAACCAAAUGAACUUCCUCAAUUGUCUCCUCAAGAUAUUACAACCCAUGCUAAGUUAAUGUCUGAUAAUCCCUCAUGGGAUGGAGAGAAGACCAUCAUUAUUACAUGCUCUUUUACACCAGGUUCUUGUUCUUUGACUGCCUAUAAAUUGACACCUUCUGGAUUUGAAUGGGGAAGACAAAACACUGACAAAGGAAAUAAUCCAAAAGGAUAUUUGCCUAGUCAUUACGAAAAGGUGCAGAUGUUGCUGUCAGAUCGCUUCUUAGGUUUCUUUAUGGUUCCCACACAAGGCUCUUGGAAUUACAAUUUUAUGGGUGUACGUCACGAUCCAAGCAUGAAGUACGAAUUACAAUUGGCGAAUCCAAAGGAGUUUUAUCAUGAAGUUCACAGACCGGCGCAUUUCCUUAAUUUUUCAUCUUUGGAGGAUGGUGAUGGCGCAGGAGCUGACAGAGAAGAUGCUUUCGCAUAAGAUUAAUUUUUAAUUUAAAAUAUUGAUAGUUUUUCGGUUUGUAAAUAAAUUGUUUUAUAUUAUUUUAGAAUAUGAAAUACACGUUUCUAAGACAUGUCGUUUGUUUUGCAUUAAAAUGAUGUUGAAUCUCAGAAAAUGAUUUUUAUAAAUGU